AUGAGGGAAGGUAAUUCUAAAGUUGAUCCGCCUUUCUCUUCAAACGACGUUCCAAUGUUGUCUGGAGAAGAAAGCAAAGUCCCACCUAACUUGACUUCACCAUCAAUACCUGCUCUACCUGGCGGGGACUUGGUCCUUGAAUCUACUCCUAUUAGUAUUAAUGCUGAAGAAAGAAACUUGACAGAACAUCAUCUUGCCCAUUUUCGUGAAGACCCUGUUCGUUUUAUGAUGCAAAUGGGUGCAUUUUAUCAAGGAACGGGGUGGAGAAGCUAUAAAAAUUAUAUUGGGACUCGAAUAUUUUACGAAGGAUAUACUGAAGAAUUGAAAGAACGUGUAUUAAAUAGCGAACGUGUUCUUUACAUGAUCGCUUAUUUAGCUGAAAAGCAGGUCAAUCUUCUUUCUCAGACAAUGCCAAAUGCCACCCCAAAAAUGAUCGCUAAGCGAAAAAAAAAACUUGAAAAAGAACUACAGAUUGUAGCUAACGGAAUGGUAGAUAAAUUAAUUGCUGAUCUUAAUAGUGUACGAUUUAUCAG